UCCAGGAGGCCCUCGCCAUCUACCCUCCCUGUGGAAGGAGGAAAAUCAUCCUGUCAGAUGAGGGAAAGAUGUAUGGUCGCAAUGAAUUGAUAGCAAGGUACAUCAAGCUGCGGACGGGCAAAACCCGCACAAGAAAACAGGUUUCUAGUCACAUACAGGUGUUAGCACGGAAGAAAGUUCGUGAAUACCAGGCGGGUAUAAAGGUUUCUAGCCACUUGCAGGUUCUCGCCCGGAGAAAAUCUCGCGAGAUCCAGUCAAAGCUAAAGGCGAUGAAUUUGGAUCAGGCCUCUAAGGACAAAGCCCUGCAGAACAUGGCAGCGCUGUCGUCUGCACAGAUCGUCUCCCCGAGUAUGAUAAAGAAUCACCUUCCACCACUGCCUCCUGCCCACUACCAACCACCCAGAUUCUGGCCUUCUAUCCCAGGACAGCCUGGACCCUCUCAGGAGCUGGUCCUAGAUCUCAACCCGGGAAGGACUCCUGGGCUUGGCCGCACCAGCCAUGCCAUCAAACCUUUUGCACAGCCCCCGUACCAGAGCCUAUCAGGUCCUAUACCACAAUCCAUACCAAGUUAUGAGCCCUUGGCACCUCCACCUCCUCCAUCUGCUACUGCUGUGCCGGUGUGGCAGGACCGGACCAUCGCCUCCUCUAAGCUGCGGAUGCUGGAGUACUCAGCCUUCAUGGAGGUCCAGAGAGACCCAGACAACUACAGCAAACACCUGUUUGUCCACAUUGGACAGACCAACCCCUCGUACAGCGACCCGCUCCUCGAGGCCGUGGACAUCCGGCAGAUCUACGACAAGUUCCCUGAGAAGAAGGGCGGGCUCAAAGAGCUUUAUGAGAAAGGCCCUCAGAAUGCUUUCUUCCUCGUUAAAUUCUGGGCCGACCUGAACAGCAGCGGCAUGCAGGACGGCCCUGGUUCUUUCUACGGCGUCAGCAGCCAAUACAGCAGCCUCGAGAACAUGACGAUCACUGUUUCAACCAAAGUCUGCUCGUUUGGCAAGCAGGUUGUAGAGAAAGUAGAGACAGAAUAUGCCCGCCUGGAGGGAGGAAGGUGUGUUUACAGGAUCCACCGCUCUCCUAUGUGCGAGUACAUGAUCAACUUUAUCCACAAACUCAAACACUUGCCUGAAAAAUACAUGAUGAACAGUGUUCUUGAAAACUUCACUAUCCUACAGGUGGUGACGAACCGCGACACCCAGGAGACCUUGCUCUGUAUAGCGUUUGUUUUCGAGGUUUCCACAAGUGAACAUGGAGCUCAGUAUCACGUCUACAGACUUGUUAAAGACUAACAGCUCCUCUGGGAGGUUUUUUGGAAAAGCCAGACUAAAGCGUGACACAAUCUCUCUUCGACCAGCUCAACCAUCCAGGAAAACCACAAAAACAAAAAAAACAUUCAAAACAAUGCUAGACCGAACUAACAUGGACACAUUUAAUGCUUUAAAAAGUCUUGUUUGCAAGGGGAAAAAAAAGAAUGAAUCUCAAUGUGCCGACACGCAAAUAACUUUUGAAGAAUGACAGAUUUUUCGAACAACCAACUAUUUUCCAUGUGUUUUAAACAUGCUUUAGAUGAAGUGGGUCACUCUUUGCCAAGGUAAUUGAUGGAGCCUGAAACGUUUUAUCGAGGGAAUGAGAAUGUGUUGAAAAGACUCUUAUAGUAUCCAAGAGGAUCACACUCUGAGCACUAAGAGAAGUGUAUAUAAGAUGGAAGAAGUACAGAGAGAACAGGACCACAGAAGGGGAAAACCAGAGCCAAGUGGUGUUGUUGCAGUAGGUUUGUUAGGAAAGCAAGUGCCUUGUCUCCAAAGAUUAUAUCAUUGCCUGCCACUUUGGAUUGCCUUUUUUU